AUGGCAGGUUUCAACUUCAACAUCAGUAUGCGAGUGGUCGUUCGGGUCGCUGGUGCUGCAGCCCCGGAACGAGAUGACGUGACGGCCGAGAGCUUCGAAAACAACGCCCCAUUCAGCUGCAGCAAAGUCAUCGAUGUCAAGGAGGGAGCAAAAUUCUCGAUCCAUGCAUUUCCUGGCUUAGGAACUUGUCAACUUCUCGGCAGGGGUGAGGGGCUGAUGGUGCUGAUACACCUUGACGACACUGAGGUUCUCCGGCGGCUGUAUACGAAGACCGUGAUUGAUUCGCGGGCAUCGCGCCGAUUCCGCAUGGACUUCGAUGGAGUCUUGGGAGUAGACAGUGGAGGCCGACAGAUCUUGCAGCCAUUCAAGUUUGGCACGGCCAAGAAAGGCGGCAGGGCGAUUCGAGGCACCAUCCGCGUUGACUCAUACAUCGUCAAGCUGCUCGGUUCACCAGAGAGGACGCCCCUCAACGACACUGCUACAUCCGGAUCAUCAGUUCAAGCCAAAAACGUGGGACCUGGGAAGGAGGUCAAGAAGGUCCUGGCUGCGGACACAUACGACGUGAAGCGGCUCAACUACGAGCGUCCUAUCGCCAGGUUCAAUUUCAGAUAUGGACCUAGAGGGAACUUGCCCAUGCACAAACCUAAGGACAACAACGAGAACAGCUACGCUGAGGACUUGAUCGAAGUUUCUGCCAACACAGCGCUUCCAAAGAAUCCCUCAAGCGGAUUCAGAGGCACUGGUGCCACUAACGCCUCCUCCAAAUCGCUUCCAAAGCUGGACGGUCUGUCGGUAGCCCCUACACAGACACGAACAACGACGGGUGCGAGAACUGCCUCGACAACUACCGCAUCGCGCGACACGGGAGACAAGUUCGGCUCUCAACUAAACAGACGAGUCAUUCCCAUCCGAUCCAAGCCUCCACAGCCCGCCAUGAAGAACAAGAAGCUUCAGAAAGAGAUACCCGAUGACGAGGCCGUCUCGAUUCAAUCCUUUGAUUCGAAAGACGCUCGACUCACCAUAAAGAGGUCUGCCGUGGUGGCUUUCGGCAACGACUCACCUUCUAGACCUAGGAAAUUUCUCGCUACUUCUACAUACUGA